AUGAUUGGUCUGCAAUUUGUUACUAACAUAGAUGGCAUUUGUCAAGUAAAAUUUAGUGAAAAUUAUCAAGAAGAUGAGGAAUUAGUCAAAAUCUUUAUAAACGAUCAAAUUGAUAAAUUUAAAGAAUACGCUGAAGAUAUGGAAAUUAAUGAAAUUUCUAUUGAUAUUCCUGGCUUUUCUCUUUCAGUACAAGAAGCAAGUGCUUAUUUCGGUUCUGUAAAUAUUUUCAAUUUCCUUCAUCCACCAAAAAAGAAGAAAAUCUCACAAUAUACACUCAAAUAUAUCAAUGCCAUAACUGAGCAAGGUAUAACACCUCUCCAUUAUGCAAUCAAGAAUGAUAAGUUUGAAAAUGCUGCAUUUCUUAUAAAUCAUGGAGCCAAUGUUAAUCUGAUGGACAGCAAAAAUCAAACAGCUCUUCUUUUUGCAGCUGAUAAAGACAAUUAUGAUUUGGUUGAACUUCUUAUUUCACAUGGUGCAUUAAUAGAAGCAAGGGAUAUCGACGGAUACACACCUUUAUUUUCUGCUGCAGCGAAUGGAAAUAAAAGAAUAGCUGAAAUCCUAAUAAAGCAUGGUUCUGAUGUAAAUUCGAAGAAUGAGGCAUUGCUCACUCCUCUUCAUUGUGCAGCGCUAUCUGUGAGUAUUGAAUUGGUUCAAUUUCUUAUUUCAUGUGGUGCAGAUGUUAAUGCCAAGUCUAUAUACCUAAUUACCCCUCUUCAUUUUGCAUCAAAGAGAAAUAGAAUAGAAAUUGCAGAGAUCUUAAUUUCACAUGGGGCUGAUGUAAGUGAAACUAAUGAUGAUGGAUUGACAGCACUACAUUUUGCAGCUUAUUAUAAUUCUAUAGAAAUGAUUGGUCUUCUAAUUUCAAAAAAUUCUGAUCUAAAUGCAAAGGGUUUUAUUGGAGUAACCCCACUUCAUCUUGCUGCAAAAAAGAAUAACAGAGAUGCAUUGGAACUUCUAAUAUUAAAUGGAGCAAAUAUAAAUGAAAGAGAUAAUUUAGGGGACACUCCUCUUCAUUGUGCCAUAAAGAAUUGUGCAAUAGAGUCCAUUAUUAUUCUUCUCAAACAUGGUGCAGAUAUUAAUGCAAAAAAUAAUUCAGAUAAAACUCCUCUUCAUUUAGCAGUUGAAAACAAUUUAACAGAAAUAGCACAAAUUCUUACACAGAAUGGUGCCAAUCUCACUGCAAAAGAUCUCGAUGGAAAAACUGCUCUUAAUUUGAAAGAGAACAAUAAAGAUGCGAAAAAUGAACCAAUUUCGAGCUCAAGUUGGUGCAAAAUUUGUUAA